AUGCGACCGCACGAACUUCUUGCCUGUGUCGAGCUCGCGCUCUAUGUGGGUAUUUUGGGCCCUGUGACUUUUUGUACAUUUUACUAUCUCUUCAAGAGGCAGACUGCCUGGCUUUACCUCCAGGCAUUCGCAACUGCAAAAAUUGCCGGUCCUGCACUCCUAAUAUACCUGUAUCAAAAUUCAUCGACAUCCGCAGGCGUUCAGAUAGCUGCCCAGAUUCUAUAUCAGAUUGCUCUAGGUCCCCUUAUGUCCGCUACACUCUCGUUCAUCAACAUUUCUUCAACAACAAACGACAGAAAGACAGAGCCUGCAUACUCUCCGCUUGCCCCCUCAAAUGGCUUGAGUGUUUCAUCACUUAUACUUCGUCUUGUCCACCCUAUCAUUAUGGUUGGCCUAGUGAUGGGCAUUAUUGGUGGCAUUGACCGCAUGCCCGACAGCUCAACCGGGAAGAUCAAUCCCGACAAGUACGACCGUGGUGCAACACUCUCAAAGGUUUCAGGUGCAAUGUUUCUCAUAGCCUUUGCGGCCAUCAUGUUUGGUGUGAUCAGAUUAUGGAAGUACCGAAAGUCACUGGCGACCGUCUCAUAUUAUAUUGUGACUGGGAUGCCAGUCAUUCUACCCCUUCUGUUUCUACGGAUUCUGUAUUCCCUUUUGAAUGCAGCUAAUCUCGACAUCUCAGGCCACACGGGCCACACCACCAAGUUCAAUAUCAUGACGGGCAGCUGGGCGAUAUACUUUAUCAUGGGAUUUAUUCCACAGGCUACAAUCAUUAUAAUUUAUGCCAGUAGUGGAGUCUUGGCCUACAUGAAAGGCAGGAAUGGCAGGAGACUGUGA